GACAAAACCCAAACACCCCCCUAAAUAACUGAAGCAAUCACACACCUUCUCUGCAAAAAUCCCAAUCUACCACCGCACCCAACGAAGCUUAAGACAGUGGAAUAAAGCAGAGAGAGAAAUCAAAGCAAGAAAGAGAGAGAAGAAGCGAGGCAAGAGUCAAGACCAUCUCCCAUGGCCAGUGGUGAUAGUAGUAGUAGUAGUAGUAUAUAAAAGGGGAGCGCGCCACGGCUUGCCAAUCCGCCGCGCUGGUGUGAUGCUGCGAUCGACGCAUCCGCCGCCCAGUAGCCCGAGCAGCAGCAGCAGCGGCGGCGGCGGGGGCGGGGGGUCGUCGGCGUCGUCGAGCUCGGAGAAGACGAUGGUGGGCGGCGGGGGAGGAGGGGGAGGAGGGAGCGGGUCGGCGGCGCCGAGCGGGGCGAAGCUGCUGCAGAUCCUGAACGUGCGGGUGGUGGGGAGCGGCGAGCGGGUGGUGGUGCUGUCGCAUGGCUUCGGGACGGACCAGUCGGCGUGGAGCCGCGUGCUGCCGUACCUCACCCGCGACCACCGCGUCGUGCUCUACGACCUCGUCUGCGCCGGCAGCGUCAACCCGGACCACUUCGACUUCCGCCGCUACGACAACCUCGACGCCUACGUCGACGACCUGCUCGCCAUCCUCGACGCGCUCCGCAUCCCGCGCUGCGCCUUCGUCGGCCACUCCGUCUCCGCCAUGAUCGGCAUCCUCGCCUCCAUCCGACGACCUGACCUCUUCGCCAAGCUUGUCCUCAUCGGCGCCUCUCCCCGGUUCUUGAACGACAGCGACUACCACGGCGGGUUCGAGCUGGAGGAGAUACAGCAGGUGUUCGACGCGAUGGGGGCGAACUACUCGGCGUGGGCGACGGGGUACGCGCCUCUGGCGGUGGGCGCCGACGUGCCGGCGGCGGUGCAGGAGUUCAGCCGCACCCUCUUCAACAUGCGCCCGGACAUCUCCCUCCACGUCUGCCAGACCGUCUUCAAGACCGACCUCCGCGGCGUGCUCGGCAUGGUCCGCGCCCCCUGCGUCGUCGUCCAGACCACCCGCGACGUCUCCGUCCCGGCCUCCGUCGCCGCCUACCUCAAGGCCCACCUCGGCGGCCGCACCACCGUCGAGUUCCUCCAGACCGAGGGUCACCUCCCCCACCUCAGCGCCCCCAGCCUCCUCGCCCAGGUGCUCCGCCGCGCUCUCGCCCGGUACUAAUCCAACGCCCCCCGCACGCCACCGCGGCGCGCCGCGCGUGCGCGUAGCCGCAGCGACGAGUCAAAACGAAGGAGAAAAAAAAAAACCACCGCAGCUGCGGCUACGGUACGUGUGGCCCAGUAGGGGGACACGCAUCCCUCUACUGUUUUUUUUUUUUUACCGCGUCGGAUUUUACUGCAUUUUUACCCUCCUCUUCUCAGGCCUAGAAAAUAUUUCGGCGCGACCUGCCAAGACCGAGAGUGUACUGUAGCAUUAGUGCUCGAUUUUUACCUACCUUACUCUAUUGGAAAAAAAAUUACAUUACUGGAGUGCUUCGUGCAUACAAUUAUUUUUCUUUGUAUUUUUUCACUCGCCGAUUGGUGAUGGUCUGAUUGAUGGACGACGCCGUGGGCCUUCUCACGGCGAGUGUUCGCGACGGCGCACACGGGUUCGUUUGUUUGUUUCUUCUUCCUCCUUGUCCCGGCUUGACGUCUUGUCGUUUCAUUUGUCAAUAUCUAGCCGCAGUAAUUUUUUCUUCGUAGUACUAAUAUGUUCAAUUAAUUUAAAUCGUAUCAUUAUUUGUUAUUAACAAAUAUAUAACGAUAUUUACUUUGUUA